AUGGCCGCACCGAUGCUCGACACCUACCGCGAGGUGGUGACGCCGGAGGGCGUGCUGCUGCAGUUGCCGGCGGCCGGCCCGCUGCCGCGGGCGAUGGCCUGGCUGGUCGAUCUUGGCGUGCGCGUCGCCGUGCUGGUGCUGAUGUCGAUUCCGCUGGCGCUGCUGGACACGUUCGGUUCCGGCCUCUACCUGAUGCUGAUGUUCCUGGUCUACUGGGCCUACCCGAUCGUCUGCGAGGCGCUGUGGGGCCGCACCCUCGGCAAGCGCGCGCUGGGGCUGCGCGUGCUGUCGCGCGAUGGCGCGCCGGUCGGCUGGAUGGCAUCGAUCACCCGCAACCUGCUGCGUACCGUGGACAUGCUGCCGUUCGGCUAUGCACUGGGCCUGGUCAGCAGCCUGUUCGACCCCCAUGGCCGCCGCCUCGGCGACCUGGUCGCCGGCACGGUGGUGGUGCAUGCGCCCGCGCUGUACCUGCCGCCGCCGCCGACCAUCGACAGCGUGCUGGCCCCGCCGCAGCCGCUGCGCCCGGAUGAACAGGCGGCGUUGAUGGCCUUCGCCGAACGCGCGCCGCGGCUGUCGGCGGCGCGCCAGCAGGAACUGGCCGGAAUCGCCGAGCCGCUGACCGGUGCGCAGGGCCAGAUCGGCCAGGAACAGUUCGUCGCCCGCUACCAGCAGGAAUGGCAGGACCUGGAGCAGUGGCUGCUGCUGCGUGCCGGUGCCUCGCGCCGCGCCCGCCGCAAGGCCAGCGGCCUGGCACUGGACGACACCGCCUUCCCGCAGCGCUACCGGCGCCUGUGCCAGCAGCUGGCGCUGGCCCGCGAGCGCGGCUACAGCCCACAGCUGGUGCAGCGCCUGCAGCAGCUGAUGCAGCAGGGCCACAGCGUGCUGUACCGCACGCGGCCAACGCGCUGGCGCGCCGCGCUGGAGUUCCUGGUGGCCGACUUCCCGCUGCUGGUCCGCAGCCAGGCGCGCAGCAUGUGGGUGGCGCUGGCGAUGUUCGCGCUGCCGGCACUGGCCUGCUUCGUGCUGGCCCAGGUCUAUCCGGACCUGAUCCACAUGCUGAUGGACAACCGCCAGAUCGCCGCGAUGGAGCGCAUGUACGACCCCGCCGCCGAGCGCCUGGGCCGCGACAGCGGUACCGACUGGAUGAUGUUCGGCCACUACGUCAUGAACAACAUCAGCAUCGCCCUGCGCACCUUCGCCAGUGGCCUGCUGGCCGGGCUGGGCACGCUGCUGGUGCUGUCCUUCAAUGGCGUCACCAUCGGUGCGGUGGCGGGCCACCUGCAGCACAUCGGCUACGGCGGCCCGUUCUGGCGCUUCGUGGCCGGGCAUGGCGCGUUCGAGCUGACCGCCAUCGUUAUUGCCGGUGGCGCCGGACUGCAGCUGGGCAUGAAGCUGCUGGCACCGGGCCGGCGCAGCCGGCUGGAUGCGCUGGUCGACGGCGGCCGCAUCGGUGCACGGCUGUGCCUCGGCGUAGCCUUCAUGCUGCUGGUCGCCGCCUUCAUCGAAGCGUUCUGGUCAUCGAUCGCCGAAGUGCCGGCAUGGGGCAAGUUCAGCGUGGCCGGCGUGCUGUGGGCUGGCGUACUGCUGUGGCUGUGGCGUGGCGGACGCGGAGCCGGCGAUGCGCAUUGA